AUGAAUACUUCUGACAUCGAGAAACUGCAACUGGCACCAAAGAAACCUCAACUGUCUCUUCUGGAUAACGAUUGCAGGCUAACUCGUAUCAAUGAGGUAGAGGGUAAUGAAGUGAAUCCCACACCGUUUAUCCACUCGAUCAAACCACUAGAGGAAUUGUCUUUAUGCGACGUUGGUGAAACCCCGCCUGAAUCCUAUCAAAUCGCGCACCUGCCCUCUCGGCCAGCUACAGCAGGUGUGGGCGCACUAACCAAACAUUUGGAACGCGUUUCAACUAUCGCCUCUGGCUGUGCACCCUUCAAGGAGUCGCUGUCAAUCAGUCCUCUCCACGUGAGUCGAAAAACGAGCGAUGUAAAUAUUGAUGACACCGUUAGGAGAUCCCCACGAUCCCGCUCAGAUAAUAACAUCGCUGCCGCUUACACACUGUCACCGAUCAUCAUACAAACCUCCUACUUGACAAAUGAGAACUCCACAGAGCUCUUUCAUCCGAUGGAGGGCCAGAGACCGAUGACAAGUCUAGGCGUGAACAUUAAGGAUCGCGGAUUUUCUGCCUCGGUGGACGACCUCCACGAUACCAACUUCUGCAUUACUCUAAAAAAUCCCCAUAAAGAUGACUUGAAUAAUCUUGCUGAGACAACAACCUCUUCGAUGAAUGCACAAAAAAAACAGUUCAUUUUUAGAGCUGUCUCUGAGUCCACUGAGGACGGACACGCCUCGGAUGCAGAGGCAGCUGCCAUAAAGCGUUUGGCCAAACAGACACCUUUCUUUGGAGGGGUACGAUCUCAAUGCAACUAUUGUUGUGCUAUGGGUGAAACUGCCGCGCAACUGCCAAUACACACUCUCAGAGGUCGAUGCACUUGCCACGAGAGUAUUUGCUCCUGUCACAAACAGCACGCCUUGUCUGUUGUAAAUUUACCGAGUUUGAGAAAGAGCAGGAGAACUCCCGGACUUGACGAAAUAAGCUAUGAUUUUAUGCGUGCCAGUGGAGCAAUUUCGGGUAAAUUGUGA